GAGAGCAGGGUGAGUGUCCAUCAUGCCCAAGGUGGUGUCAGGCAGCGUGGUGGUAUCUGAUGCCAAGGACCAGCAGGAGUACAGUGAAGACAAGCCGCUCAUUGUCUACUACUGCUUGUGUGGCCAGAUGGCUCUCAUUCUGGACUGCUUGCUGGAGAAGUUGCCUCUACGUAAGCGUGACGGAGCGCGAGUCAUCGAUGGGUCUCGCCAUGCCCAUCGCCUGGUGUGUGACCCGGAGGAGAUAGUGUACAUCAGGAGGUCAGAGGGCGUGGAGAAGCAACACAGGAAAAAGUGCAAGAAGUGUGGCCUCCUCCUCUACUACCAGCACAAUUUGACGGCUAAUAUUGUGUUCGUUGUAAAGGGCAGUGUGGUGCAGAGCGGUGGGAAGUCAGUGGCACAGCAGGUGGAGGACAAACCUAAAGACCGCAUCCUCAUCACUCGCCAUACUAAAAACAUGGGGAAAUUUUCAUCGGUCACUGUGUCUACCAUUGAUGAAGAGGAAGAUGAAAUUGAAGCUAGAGAAGUUGCUGAUUCCUAUGCAAACAACGCCAGGAUUAUAGAGAAGCAGUUAGAGAGGAAAGGGAUGAACAAGCGCAAGAGUCAGCAGACCACAGAGGAAGGAACAGCACCUAAGCAAGCUCGUGGAACACUCAUCAACCAGUGAAUGUGUGUGUGUGUGUGUGUGUGUUUGAUCGUUGUGAGAGUUAUGAGUGUCUUAAGUUUAGUUUCUAGUGUAUAUUUUUAUUACCUACAGAAAGUUUAAUGUCUGUAAUUUUCAGUGCAAGAUAAGUUUGUGUGCUUUUAUCUGUAAUUUCUCUCUCUCUCUCUCUCUCUCUCUCUCUCUCUCUCUCUCUCUCUCUCUCUCUCUCUCUCAUACCUCGAACUGUCUAGAUUAAUAAAAGUUAAUAUUUUGGAAAUGUGUGUACAUAAAUCUUUCAUCACUAUGUUCACAAAUGGCUGAAUAAAUCACAAGUUUCUUA